UGAUUUAGAUGAUCAGGAGUUUAUGCCUUAUUUAAUUGAUUUGUUAUAUAUGUAUGUAUAGUUUUAUUUUUUACUUAUAGCAUUUGUUUUAUUUGUUUUUAUUCAAAAUUGUUCUCUUUUUCUUGUUUUAUCAUUAAUUUAAUAAUUGUUAACUAAUGUGCUGACUGAGAUGAUGGGGAGUUUCUGUCCUCUCAUAUUUCAGCUGAAGGUGGCGUUUGUUCAUCCAGGUCGAGAUGUCAGAAGAACAGGCUGAUUUAUGAGCUGACAGGAGGUGUGGUUGUGAGGAUGGGAAGAUUGAUAGAGCUGCCUCUUGUCUGUCUCGCACGCAAUAAGGUUGUGUAAAUUCAGAAGAGAAGCGGGCUGCGCACUGAACCCUGAGGCACACCGCUGGUAAGAAGUCAUUAUUUGGACUUCCAGAAAAGUUUUUGACUUUCUGAUCUCUAAAGUAUUCUUUGAAAGGUAAUGUGCAUUGACCUAUAAUCAGUCUUAUUUAACUAGAGUCAGAAGGGUUGGGUUGGCAGUAAUAGCAGUAUGUUUGUUGGUUAAUAUGAAAUAGCUGCCACAAUUCUGACAAAUCGCAGAAUUUUAAUCUUUUGCAAAGUAUGUAAAUGGCAGUGAGUCACAGUAAUGUCAUUUACCCACUCAUUACUUUGUGAAAAAGUAUUUUUUAUUUUUUUUAUUAACUACUUAAAGGAAGCGUUUUGAUAAAGCAUUGAUGUUUUAGUACCUUGAUUAGUUUGCAGGUUAAACCAGAUUAUUUUAAAUAGCAGCUUAUUUUUGUUUUCUUGUAGGUGGUUCAUGAUGAAGAGGUUUUUUCUCUUGUUGCUUCUGUCAGGUUAGUUCAUUUUUAAUACUUUUUAAUCAGUGAUGUAUACAGGUGCCGGUCAACCAUUGAAUUUAAAGUUUCAGUUCAUUUCAACCCAGUUCAAAAUGCCAACAAUGUAGCUGUAUUUCAUGCAAAAUAUAGACAUUUAACUAUUUACAUUUCUUGUAUAUUUCUUGUAGCUCUGAUGCACAUGACGUUCUCACAGACUCGUAUGUUUUACUUUAUGCAAAAAUCUAUGAACUGGUCAGAUGCGCAGGCGCACUGCCGACAGAAUUACAUUGAUCUGGCCACCAUGGAUGACCAGACGGAUCGGGAUGAGAUGAUGAGAGUCAUACGGCAGGUUUAUAAUGGAGACGUGUGGACCGGACUCAGUCGGACAGACGCGAAAGCUUCCUGGAUCUGGUCCGAUCUCAGCUUGUCCACAUUCAUGCCGUGGGCUCCUGAUCAGCCAAACAACCUGAACAGCAGUCAGUACUGCGUGGUUAUGACUAAGGGGGCGAAUCUUAACGAUCUGAACUGUAAAAGUAAAUUUCCUUCUGUGUGCUACACUGAGAGAAGCAAACAGACAGUGAGACUGGAGGUCAAAUCAAGUCAAAAUUUGAACGAUGGUGCGGUGAAGACGGAGAUUCUGCUGCAGAUAGCGAAGAUACUGAAGCAGAAGGGACUGACAGAUUAUGCAAAACUGUCAUGGAAAAUCCAGCCAGAUGGAAAUGUCUUCCAGAAGAGCUGGAAGAGUGAUGCUACUCGGUCAACUUGAAAAAUGGACAAAAGUAGUUUUAUUGAUCCACUGUGUAAUAAUAGUACAGUAAGAACUAAAUCUUUGAUUUGACACAUAAUUACCUAUUUUAGCUGAUUACGUUUUACAUAACAAAGAGUAAUCCUAUUUUAAAAUUAAUUUGUAAUUUGUAAAACAGCCAGUGAUGCUGAAUUUGCAUUUGCAUCGUUCUUGUCACUGAAAAAUUACUCAUGAUUGACUUUCAGCUGCUGGUUUCCGUUGCACAAUCACUCUCAGGUGAAGUACGGUAACAGGUUUCCUUACAGUUUAUGCAUUAAACUUACUUUAAUGAGAACAAUAUUUAUGCUGCAUAUAUAAUACUCAACAAUGUUUUCGGCUGCAUGCUUUGUAAUUAUUUGACGUUGCACAUACAACUUGGCUUGUUUGUGAGUUUAAUUAAUAUAUAAUUAAACAUGCCUGAAAUCUAUUAAAAAGGUUAUUUGUACACUGUAAAUUAAAAAUAGUUCAUACAAAUAAGAAAUGUUAAAACUGUA